GCACGCACAGAGCAGUAUCGCAAUGUCGUGGAAUAAAAGUUUUCGUGGAUUCCCAGGCAGCUGUACGCGAACCGUCCAGACAGACUGCUAUUCGCCUUUGGAAAGUCGAUCAAACAAUACGUUAUAACCGUUCGGUGCAGCUCGCGGUGCGACUGUUGUGCUUUUCGUAAUUUAUUAUUAUUAAAAAUACAGCCAGUGAGUGUGUUGUGUAUUCAGAUAUAAUAUUUUUUCUUAUUAUUACCUAAAGCCUUCAACAAAUUGCAAGAUGCCGUGCAAUUGUAAAGUGGAGGAAUCGAGUGCAUCCUCCCAGCAUCAAAACGGAUGCGAGAUGAAUACUCGUCGGAGUUCUGCUGGACAAAACGGCCACCAUCAGCCACAUCGGAAGUCGUUUCAAGAUAAUGGUCACGGGGAAGUGUGGGAGAACUACGCUGAUGAACCUGUAGACCGUGAUACUGUUAGGUAUCCUGAUGGCACGGUGCGUCUGCGGAACCCUAACAUCGAGCUAAUGGACCAAGAUAUAUUAUACCACUUGGCCCUCGGCAGUGGGUCUCACGAUCUUGUUGAAAUGUUCGGGGAUGUUAAGUUUGUGUGCAUGGGUGGCACCCCAAAGCGGAUGGAGCAAUUUGCGUACACAAUCAUGGCGGAGAUUGGACACAAGCUGCCGUGCGGGACUACGCUGCAGGACAUCAGCCAGUUCUCCUACAGGUACUCCAUGUACAAAGUGGGGCCUGUGCUCUGUAUCAGUCAUGGUAUGGGCAUCCCAUCGGUGGGCAUUCUGCUGCACGAGGUCAUCAAACUGAUGUACCACGCGAAGGUGCGGGAUCCUGUGUUCUUCAGGAUCGGCACGUGCGGUGGCAUCGGUUACGAGGGCGGCACUGUUGUCAUCUCUGACGAGGCCGUCGAUGGUGCUCUCAGGAACGUUCUAGAGUUGACGGUUUUGGGUAAGAACAUCCAAAGACCUGCAAAAUUGGACAAGAGGUUGGCGCGUGAGCUGAAGGGCCUCGCUGAUCCAGAGGAUCCUUACGAUACCGUCACCGGCAAGACUAUGUGCACAUACGACUUUUAUGAAGGUCAAGGUCGUCUGGACGGUGCGUUCUGCGAUUUCACGGAAGCUGAUAAGAUGGAGUACUUAGAGAGCAUCCAUAAGUCGGGCGUCGUCAACAUUGAGAUGGAAUCGCUUGCAUUCGCUGCGCUGACGCACCACGCGGGCAUCAAGGCUGCUGUCAUAUGCGUCACUCUGCUCGACAGACUGAGGGGGGACCAGGUUUUAGCACCUAAGGAAGUACUGGAUGAGUGGCAACAACGACCAACGAAGCUUGUGUGCCGUUAUAUCAAAAGAUAUCUUCAGAUGAAGGGUCGGCUGUCCCUGGAUGGACACGGUUCCAUUGCAGUGAAGAGCCCGCGCCGGUUCAAGCUGGUGCAGCAGGAGUCUGAGAACUACGACUAGACUGUGCCCAGCCACCGCCCACCAUGGAAUCUCCUGGACAGCGACGGAAUUGGGCUUGCACUAGUUUGGAGCCAUCUGUGCUGAUCGCUCAAAUGUUUACUACGCUCCAACUUUACCUACUUCUUUAGUUUCUAUUUUAUAUGUUUGUUACUUCACAUCUUCAAAAACAUAUAUUUUUUCGACUACUUUUGAAAGUGUACCAAAAAUCAGGAUAUUUUUAAGUAGGAUCGUUGACGGUUUUGUCAAAAGUAAAGAUUUGGUCAGAAUUAUUUAUGUAGGCACGGAAUCGAAUAUUGCUGUGUAUGUAUUUGUUGGAUAGUGACUCAGGAUGGUGUCAUAAUAUGUUUAUGUUAAAAUUAAAAGAAUAGUAGAAUCACUGUACUGUCACAAGAUUACGUUUUCAUGUAUUACUGUUUGACAUAGACUAUGUUUUAUGCACCCUGCACUACAAUGUUGUUUAGGACAUGCUAUUUACUUACAAGAAUGAAAUAAAAUAAACACGUUAAUAACCGAAUCAUGUUAGGUACUUGUUAUAAAAAGAAGAAAAGCGAAAUUAGUGAGAAGACAAACUGUGCUGAGACAUAUAUUAAUGGGGUAUUUGUGACCUUAAUGUCAACACUUUAUAGCUUAAACGUCUUCGUAUUUGUUAAAUUAUUCCUGUCAGUGUUCUCCAGUUUUUUGCAUACAUAUAUAUGUUACAUUAUAUUUUAUUAUUGAGGUAUUACCAUUGAUGACAGUACCCAAUGUAACGAUGUCAUCAGUUUUCAGAUCAGCUGCCAUUUGUGUAAAAUUAUAGGCAAUGUUUGUUUUUAAACCUAGUUCUUUCUCGUGUGUAAAGUAAAUAAGCUGAGUCACGGUAUGAACGAAUGGGAAUGCGUUGCUAAAUGCUAUGAAUGCAUUAUUUUAAUGUUUUAAAGCUAGGUACAAUUGUACAAAAGUGUUCGUUUGGUUAUGUUGUUGCACAAACUGUAUUAGCGACAAAUGUGAUAAUAUUUGGCAGUAGUGUAAUGUAAGGACCACGACAAACGUUCAGAUUCUUUGUCGGCGAUGUUCGUCCUCCCUCAGACCUUCGCAUUACUUUCACACCUUGCACGGUGACAGUGUUGAAGUUGGACAUGAACAAGUACUCAUUAACAUUCUUGACAGUGGCACUGAAAGGUUGCCUGUGUUAAUGAAAUAUUGUUCUAAUACCACUUGUGACGGAAGUGAAGGUAAACAUGUUAUAUGGCAUUUACUCGUAUAUUAAUAAGUAGGCACCUGCUCAGCCAGCUACCAGUGUCACGCACUGUCACUUAUAUUACUGCACUUGCGCUUACGAAAGUUCACGUGUUAAAACCUCACGUGUACCUAUUUCCAAAGGAGAACUGUUCGUAUCACUUAGUCCGUAGUUAAAUCUGCAUCGCCAUCAGACAAUCGUACGUUUGUUCUAUUGAUUUAUUGUGCUUCCACGAAUGGUUAUUGUUGAUAAUUUAUGCACGAAGCGUUGUCAACAUGCUUUAUAUGUUACAAGAUAUAAGUAUAGAAUAAGAUAUUCCAGUUAUCUACGUUGAUGUAGUUUUCAUAUUAUAAGAUUAUCUGAUAAUAAGAAUGUUAAUCAUUGAAAUUAAUCAGCUUACUAUAGGAUUUGAGAGUAAUUCUUAUUUUUAUUUAUUUAUUAUGAAAAUGACCAAAUCUUAUCUCAGCCCGAUGCGGAUACGUCGGAGAUGUCACUCAGUAACUUGUGCGUUAGGCUAAAGUUCUGCAGAGGUAAGCAAGUUUAUUGUUAAUCAUGAUAGUGUUAAGGCGAACGCUACGAUACGAUAAAAUUAAAUUAUAGUUAAUAAUCAUGAUAGUCCUAAUUAUAGCGUUGUACUAAAUGUAUUUAUUUCAUAUUUAAAUAAUAUUAUACAAUUGUAGUUCAAUUUAUAGAGCUGUUUUGUUGAUGUUCCAAUUUAAACAUAUCUUACUACAUAUAUAUAAUAUUUACUGAAAACUUUUCUAUAAUAGUGUAUUAAACAGCUUCUCACAACAAAAAAUAUCAUCGAAAUGCUUAUCAAUGUCCUAUGUAAGAAAUACUGUUAUCUAUUCAAUAUUAAACUUCGUAUCAAUAUAUUUAAAUCUUUAUCAACAUGAAUUUCUAACGAGAUUCUUUGGUUAUUGCUGUCUAUGUAUUUAUUAUAAAGGAGUGUGUUAAAUUAGACGGUGUAGCUGUUGGGAUAUUCACAGAUAAUGUGGGGUUUGGGUAAUUUUAAUAGAAUGCAUUCGAAGGAAGCCUAAUUAACUACAUAUUAUGUAUCUAAAACUAAUCAGUUGGUUUUAAUGUAAAUAUGACACUUGUAGACUUUGACAGAUUCUAAUUAAGGAAAACGAAAGAAUGUGUUCUCUUAAUGUUAUCUACCAGAUCGCCCAGUGACGCUGCAUCAACUAAUUUAAUACAAACCUUACAUGUUUAUUACUAAAAGUAAGAUGAAACAUUUUUAAACGUGUACACAUAGGUGUGUGGCUUUGUUCCAUGGUAAGAUAUAAUUAUAGCACUGUUGUUAGAUGUUAAUGAAUAUUGUCGGCCAGAAUAUAAAAUGUUAUUCGUUGCAUAUCCCGUGUUAUGUACUGUGGCUGCCGUGGCCACUUGAACCACGUAUCGAAACAUUAUAUCGUAACGAAUUAGGUAGGUACGUAUAUUUUUAUAAAACUAUAUUUAAAUAACGACUUACCUAUCUACUUUGAAUAUCUGUGUAUUAACAUAAUGUUACCUAUGUAUUAUGUAAACAGUGCCGUAUCCCUUGUGUUUAUUUAUAUUAUAUUUGUUCUUCAAUAACUGCUUAUUUAUACAUUCUACUUAAUUUUACCUUAGAAUUUCUGUAUGAAGAGUAUUCCUCAAAUAAUGAAUGCAACGCUACUUGAGUGUUGUUUUUUUAAAUAGGUAUGUAUUGUAUUUGAUGUGGAGAUAUUUGUGUCCAAAUGAGAGCAUGCAUGUCGUAAAGAUGUACGAGUAGUGAUGACUCUGAUGAUUGGGCAAGUGGAAUGGAAACACUGAUGCAUGUUCGUUCAUCAAUAAUAUUUAUCUCAUAAUUGUGUAUCCUUACCUAUUUAUUUACAAUAAUUGAUUAAGUUAACAUAGAAGCGACAGCGAGGCUACAACUGCGACAAGUAUUAAUAAAUUCGUGUACAGAGGAUACAUGGCACCAGAAUUAUGAAUUAAGUAGUACAUACAUAUUAAGAAAACAUCGAGAGUUUCUUUUUAUUAUAUUUCUAUGCUUUAAUUACAACUACGAGUAUGUGGUCACCUCCCAAUGCACCGUAAUAAUUUACAUACAAUUUAUUUAUUACAUCUUCUGGAAGCAAGAUACUAAAGUACAGUUGCACCUAAUAGAACACUAGUUGGUCCAUAAAACAUGACGUUAUUUUUCAAUAUUUUAUAGACCAUGCUCUUUAUGUUCAAAUCUAAAAAAAACUUAGUCCAUCGAAUGGGGCAGACACAGAGGUUUGACAUUUUGUUUUAUGAUCGUUUUAAGUGAUUUUCCGAACAUAAUACAAGUUGAAGGUACUAAAGUGGAACAUAUGGAUUUGCAUUAUAUAUUUAAUCAUUCAGUCUUUAUAAUAGUAAACUGUUAAAAUGUACUUUUAUUGUUGGUUAUUCAUAUAAUUAUGAUAUUUGAUGUAAGUACUUAAUUAAAUGAGCAAGUAAGUUA